AUGGGUUCCAGCAACAAGAAGAAGCGCGAGAAGCAAAAGGACUUCCAGAAACCGAAGUUCAAGGUGGGCAAGGAUAAGCCAAAAGCGUCCAAUUUCACAGAUACAAGUUUCAAGUCAAAGGCUAUUGUGAUGGGGCAUCAGUCACUCUCAACAGUCGCACCUGAUGUCGCCCAACAAUUCAAACACAAUCUCUCACUAGCCUCUUCUUCAAAGUCAGACAAACAAAGACGAGAAGCAUUGGCCUAUCUUACUUCACAGCUUUCAGCAGAACCUCCUGUCAAUCCAGUAGGAACACAUGCCGUUCUCGCCAAACUGCUUCCACUCAUCUCAGAUAGCUCGACGCCAGUUCGAAGUCAAUUACUCAAGCUUUUCAGAGAGCUACCUGCCGAAGAGGUCAGACACAGUGUGGAGCAAGCCAUCAUGUUUAUCCGGGCGGGUAUGACACACCUCUCGGCCGACAUCAGCAAUGACUCUCUCGGUGUAAUGGAAUGGAUUUUGGAUGUUGCAGAGAACGACUUGAUCGUGUGUCCUGGCGGUUGGGUGAAGACCCUAAACAGUUUCUGUGCCAUGAUGGGGUGGGCAUUGACAACUUCAAAAGCCGGAUGGUCUUCUGGCUCAAGAUCUGGUCUGCGGGCAAAAGAUGCUUCGACAUAUGCCCGACAAAUCGCCACGCUAUCACGGUUCCUGGAGGCUGGUCUUCGGCCUGAAGCUGAGAUUCCCGAAGACGAGUCGGAGAUAUGGGACAACUUAUAUCGAAUCCCACAAGACUCGAAUGCAUUCGAAUAUCUCAACCUUUAUGGUACUCGACGAGACGAAGAGGGGGAAAUGUAUCCCAGUCGCGAUGCAAGACAACGAGUAUUUGAGCGAAGGUUUUUGGAGGCAGUGCUGAAGGGCACCGACCAAGCGAAAAAAGAGGGUGGUGCUACUGGUCGAGCCGCAGCUGGCCUCGACAAAGUUCUUCAAGACGGAAUGGGCGAAUAUGAAAGUUCGACGGCAAUGGAUACCCAGGAUCUCCUGAGCCUCUGGUGA